UGGUGGGCUGGGCAUUUGUUCCUUCUUCAGUUAUAGAAGCGAAGGAAAAGAGAGAGAGAGAGAGAGUUGUGUUUUUGAAAUCGUACCUCCACUCGACUACGCUCCAAGAGCAAUGGUGCUUACAAAUUUUAGUGGACCUGGUGUUGGAUUCGGUUUCGGUGUUGGUUGUGGCUUUGGCGUAGGCUGGGGUUUUGGGGGCAUGCCUGUGAAUAUUUUGGGUCUUGGUGCAGGUGCAGGCUGUGGGGUUGGUCUAGGCCUUGGAUGGGGCUUUGGCACUGCCUUUGGAAGCCAGUAUAGGUCAUCUACUGUCACAUUCCAGGGCAUGGAAUUGGCCAAAAAAGAAGAAAGUGAUGACAAUCAAUCUUGAGUACUUGUUAUGAAGCAAAGUUUCUGCAUUUCUUGUGUUUUUUGUCUCUUUUUUUCCCUUGAAGUUUCCAAUUGUCAUGGCACUGUAAAAAAAAAAGAGAAGCAGCUUGCUCUCCAACCUAUUUCCAUGUUCAAGGUACUGUAGUGUCGAAAUCCCGUUGUUCAAUUUAAUGGAUCAUAGAAAUUCUACAUGCCAGGAUAGUUUGCCCGGUUUCCAUGCAGCACCUUCCUGGCGAAGUGGCAAUCAGAGUAAAUUUCUAAUAAAGAACCUGAUGUUUUAUUA